CAGCGACAGUUCUGUACACCUCGUCCCCACGCCCUUCUCCGCCACGCCCCAUGCAUGUGCCAUCGUGCUGGCAAGCCGGACAACGGCGGCGAAUGAACGCACCACCAUCACCACCAGCGCGCAUUCGACCCGUUUCCCCACGCCAUGAUGGACGGCGAGGCCAUGGACAUGGACCGCGAGCCGCCCCCUGCGCCAGCGGAUAGCAGCAUCACUGAGGCACCAAUGCCGCACAGCGACGCUGCUGUCGCGGACGUGUCGAUGGCCGAUGGGAGCACGACCGAGGCGGACCAGCCAGCGGCAGCGCAAGGAGAGCAGCCAUCUGGGGCAGACAUCAGAGUAGUAUCAGCAGCAGCCGAAGAAGCUCAGGCAGCGGCCGGCCAAGGCGAUACAAGCCCCGUCAAGCCACCGCAUGGCAGCGCUCGGGCACAAGCCGUCAAGCUCGCUGAUGGCGAUCCGAUCCUGCGUAACGACCUGCAGCACAACCUUCUCGCACACCUCUUCGGCGACACGACGCGCUGCUUUACCAACCCACGCCCCGGCAUCCGCGCCGAGGGCGGAGCCGGCAGCGAUAAGUUCGCCAAGGGGCCGCCGGACGUGAUCUGUGCGCCUGCCUUCCCCGAGGGCCAGGCGGAAGGCACGACGCGCCGCUCGGAUGAGACACCCGAAGAGUAUGCGGCGUGGAAGGACCGCUUGGAGAGGUAUAAAGCCAGCAAAAAGAAAGCGUUGGAGCGCGCCAAGGCGGCACAAGAAGCCCAGCUGGCAGCAGAGGAUGGUGCACCCGCGCCAGUGUCAGGACAAGCAGCAGAACCACAUCCGGCCGCAAAUGCCCCGGACGAAGAAGAAUGGCCACAGAAUGGUGCCGAGAAGCUGACUUUCAAAGAGCUAUAUCUCGAGAGUCUCGUCACAUCGAGCAAGUGCACGAAGAGCGUUCGGGCGAAUCUCCUCAACGAUCCGAUCUACGCCGAAGCGCUGGCGAAGGUCUGUUUCUUGCUCAACGUCGGGCGCAUGAACACGACGCUGGCAUUUUACCCGGAGAUGAAGACGAUGCUCCGCUCCUACCACGCCAUCCCGUCGAUCCAGACAACCGAGACGACGCGGCGCAGCCUGCAGGACUCGCCGCGCCUCAAGGCGUUGCUCAAGUCCCAGCAACUUGCCAAUGAGAAGCCCGGCGCGACCAGCGGCGGGCCCCCGCCAAGCGCCGCAACGAUCGCUGCCGCGCGUGCGGCACAGGCAGCCGGCCUGCAGGAGGCCCCGGCUACGUUAGACGAGCUGGUUGCCGAGCGCUUCGUCAAGCAGAGGCUGCACCCACCCACAAGUAUCAUCAGCCUUGUCUUCCUGCUCUGCACGCACGCGGAGGAGGUUGCACAGCUGCACUUCUCCCCGCCUGUUGACGGCUGGGCUCUCCUCUUCCCCGACCCCGACGCACCCAUCCCAUCGGGUCAGCGCACACGUGCUUUCCUAUGGCUCACAUGGCACUACCUCGAAGGCGGUGCUGCGUUGCCGCCCGGCGGCAGCGACGGCAGUGUGCACAGCGGCAGCGCGGCUUGCAAUCCAUUUGCCGAUGAGCACUCGCUCCGAAGCGUCGAGAUCGCGCGCAAAGUCUGGGGCUUGCUGGCACCCGCUGAGCAGGACGAGAUGCACAAACACGGGCGGUGGCGAGGCGUGCCAGCACCGCUCAAGGCGGAAAUGUUCAAAGACGACGCGGCAUAUGAGGAGGCCAGGCAGCUGGCGGAGGCGGAAGGAGAAGCAACAGCAGAGGGAAAAGGUGAAGGCAAGGACGUUGCAGCCGUCGCCACGACGACGAACCUGCUGUUUCGUAUCCGCGCCCCGCGCGUGGACGUUGUCGCGCCCGAGGCGAUCGCGCAGGAGAAUGUCGACACGCCCGAAGAGCUUGAGUUCGGCGAGGCGAUGCAGAGGCAGCGCACGGAAUUUGUCAACAAGAUCGUUGAAGAGACAUCCGGGCUCGCCGCUGGCGAUGCUGGCGAGGACGGCAGCUCGUCUGCGCCGAGCGAGGCGCUCGCCGCCGCCGCGGCAACGGCGGGCAGGGCAGAGCGCGGUGCAUCGGGUUCGCCCGCGCCAGGUGCCAUCGGAAACAAGGGCAAGCUGAAGCGACUUUCCACCGGUGGUGCUAGCGGCAGUGGCGGUGCGGCGGCUGCGAGCUUGAAGAAGAGGAUGAGGGCGCAGGCUGCUGCCAAUUCAUCCGCUGCUGCGGCCGCCAUUUCAAAGGAGGAGGUCGAUACGCCAUCCAAGUCGACGUCCUUCAAAGUGACGCUUCACUCGAAGAAGGACAAGGGCAAAGCGGUAGCGACAGCGACACUGGCGCGAGAAUCGCGCGGCGCAGAUAAGGACGACGAAGAAGAUGACGAAGACGACCACGACGAUACACGCUCCUCCUCCAUCGCCCCUUCCACCGAGGAUAUCCUCGAGAAGCUGUGGCACAAGCCACUGCUCAGCCCCUCCCUCGCGCUGCCUGGCCGCGACUCCAUGUCGCGGCAGGCCUGGCGGCGCAUCCUCGAGCGCGCCGCACAGGGCAUCGGCGAUGCGAGCUACAAUUCGGACAACGAGGAGCAGGCCGACUACGAGGCAAAGGACGACAGGGUCAAGCCUAAGUUGGAACUCGCGCGCAUGCUCCACUGCAUACGGAAUAGCCGCGUCGUCACUUCCUUCGUUGAAGGAGACAAUGACAGGGCUGCACAGUAAUCUUUGUAGUGCAGAAGGAAUGGCAGUAGCAACACCAGUGAGGAGGAGUUACAAGACGAGUGCGGAACCAGAACAUGAAUUCUUCAUAUCUGAUUUCCACCGGGCGGGACGGGCCCCGGCUGUAAUACAUAGCCAUUCUGCUUCAUCUGAUCACAUGCCA